AAGGGUUGUGCUGAUGCCUUGGAAUGCAUAUUCUCAAGUAUCAGCUGUGAUUUGUCUGGAAGAUUUGUCUGCUUCCUAGAGAAGCAGGAAGAAGAGGAAGAAAUGGCUAGCUCUCAGAAAUUGUUAACAUUCGAAGAUGUAGCCAUAGACUUCUCUGUGGAGGAGUGGACGUGCCUGGAUUCUGCUCAGCGGAAUUUGUAUAAGGAUGUGAUGUCAGAGAACUACAGAAACCUGGUCUCUGUGGGUCUUGCUGCCUCUAAGCCGGACCUGAUCACCUGUCUGGAGCAAAGUCAAGAGCCUUGGAAUGUUGGUGAGGCCCUAGCUGGUCACCCAGGUAUAUUUUCUCAUUACACCCAAGGUCUCCAGAAGAAGCAGUACAUAGAAUCUCCAUCCCCAAAAGUGACACUAGGAGUAUUUGGGAAUUUGGGCCCUGAAAAUAAACAUUUAGAGAAAAACUGGGAACUCCAAAACAAGCUUGAAGAAUGGAAUGCAUUCUACAACUUUGAUCAACUUGGGCAGAACUUUUCCCAUUCGUCAUUGCUUAAGCAAGAUCAAGGAAUAGAUAAUUGGAGAAGACAUCACACCUAUAACAAAACUUUAAUGUCCCUUAACCAGGCCUCUACCCAAAAUUAUUACCAGGAUAUUAAUAUUGGAGACAAAAAUUAUCAGUGCUAUAAAUCUGAUAAAACCUGUAGCCAGGGCUCUAGCCCUAGACAACAUCAGAAAGCUUAUUUUCUAGAGAACCAUCACAAAUGUACAAAAUGUGAGAAAGUAUUUCAUCAACAUUCAGAGCUUAUUUUACAUCACUCUAUUCAAAUUCAAGAGAAACCCCAUGAAUGUAACAAAUGUUUAGAAACUUUUUCCCAGUCAUCAGAUCAUAUUCAGCAUCAAGGAAUCCAUUUUGGAGUAAACUCGUCCAGAUAUGAUAAAUGUGAGAAAAUCUUUAGUCAAUCAUCAGAUCCAAAAAAACAUGAUACAAUCCCCACUGAAAAGAACCUGUACAAAUGCAAUGAGUAUGGCCAAGUUCAUAAUGACAUUUCAACUGAGGAGAAACCCUACAGAUGUAGUGAAUGUGGCAAAGCCUUUAACCGAAGUUCACAUCUUUCUCGUCAUCAGAGAAUUCAUACUGGGGAGAAACCCUACAAAUGUAAAGAAUCAUGCAGUAAAUCUUUUACUCAUUAUUCCAGUCUUACUCGUCAUCAGAAAAUUCAUACUGAAGGCAAACCCUACAAUUGUAGUGAAUGUGGCAAAGCCUUUAACCAUAGUGCACAACUUACUCGUCAUCAGAGAAUUCAUACUGGAGAGAAACCCUACAAAUGCAAAGAAUGUGGCAAAGCUUUUAACUAUAAUUCAAGUCUUACCGAGCACCAGAGAAUUCAUACUGGAGAAAAACCAUACAAAUGUAAAGUAUGCAGUAAAUCUUUCAGUCAUUCCUCAAGUCUUAUUUUGCAUCAGAAUGUUCAUACUGGAGAGAAACCCUAUAAGUGUAAAGAGUGUGGCAAAGGCUUUAACUAUAAUUCACACCUUAUUGAGCACCAGAGAAUUCAUACUGGAGAAAAACCGUACAACUAGAAACCCUACAAAUGUAGUGAAUGUGGCAAAGCCUUUAACCGCAGUUAUCGUCUUACUCAACAUCAGAGGAUUCAUACUGGAGAUAAACCAUACAGAUGUAAAGCAUGCAGUAAAUCUUUUAUUUAUUCUUCAAGUCUUAUUUCGCAUCAGAAAAUUCAUACUGGAGAGAAACCUUACAAGUGUAAAGACUGUGGCAAAGCAUUUAACUAUUUUUCAAAUCUUACUCGUCAUCAGAGAAUUCAUACUGGAGAGAAACCCUACAAAUGCAAAGAAUGUGGCAAAGCUUUUAACUGUAAUUCAGGUCUCACUGAGCACCAGAGAAUUCAUACUGGAGAAAAACCCUACAAAUGUAAAGUAUGCAGUAAAGCUUUUAGUCAUUACUCAGGUGUUAUUCAGCAUUGGAAAAUUCAUACUGAAGAAAAACCUUACAAAUGUAAUGAAUGUGGCAAAGCCUUUAACCGUAGUUAUCGUCUUACUCAACAUCAGAGAAUUCAUACUGGAGAGAAACCAUACAGAUGUAAAGCAUGCAGUAAAUCUUUUUUUUUAUUCUUCAAGUCUUGUUACGCAUCAGAAAACUCAUACUGGAGAGAAACCAGAAAUUUUUUCUGCAUAGAGUGA